GGGCGGGCGCGGGGCCGCGAUGUCGCCGCCGGGCCAGGCGCGUCCGGGGGAGGCUGGAUCUGUCCUGCGCUCGGUCAACACGCGGGAGCUCUCCGAGGUCGUCUUCAACAACCACAGUCCCCGCUACGUGCUGCCCGUCUGGCUGGACUUCGAGGGCCGGCCGCGCUGCUACCCGGUCCUGCAGCCACGCAGCGGGCGCGUCAUGCGCAGCUACCGGGGGCACCUCUGGCUGUUCCGGGAUGCAGGGACCAAUGACGGGCUGCUCGUCAACCAGCAGGAGCUGUUUGUGGCGGCCCCCAAUGUGACCAAAGCUGACAUCACACUGCCAGUGUUCACCCUGAAGGAGAGAUGUCUGCAGGUUGUGCGCAGUCUGGUCAGCCCAAUGAACUACAGGAAACUGGACAUUGUUCAGUCAUUAUAUGAAGAGCUGGAGGAUCAUCCUGAUAUUUGGAAGGAUCUUCAGCGGCUUUCUCUGCAGAGGAAUGAAGGAUUGAGGAGCAAAAUUGUGGAACAACAUGGUUACUCACUUCAGACUCCUCAGUAGCAAACCACUGAGUCUGAGCAGCGAGAGUUGCCAGGAGACACACCAGGAACUGAUGGCUUCAUUUAAAGUUUUGAAACAUAAACUCAGUAACUUUGGUGAUAGUCAAAUCCCAAACACUGAACAGCACCUGGAGGCAUGCCAGUUCUGAUGGUUCAGUUAAUUUCAGUAUUGCAAACUGUAGGAUAACAUCAGGGCAGCUAAAUGGAAAAUAUUAAUACAAAGAAACUUUCAUUGUAUUAGAAAGCAAAUUACACCAAGGAUUAAUUUAGCCCAGACUGAUGGUUCUAAGUGUCAUCGGUUUUGUUUGAGUAAUUUGUUUUGAUGGAAUUUCCCUUUCACAUGUGGGUCACAGAGCAUGGGGGGUUUGUACGUGAGGGUUUGCAGCAGUGCCUGAGGGUCUGACAAACACGACACUGGUGGAAAGAUGAUGUGUAACUGCUUGGAGGUUAUUCUGCCUCCUCCCUUCCCACGUACAAAGCCAUAUCCUAUCCACUUUAGGUCUGACAUGUUUUUAUUGUCAUCGUACCUCAAAUGCCUUAUUUGCCUUUUUCAUAGGAUUCUUGCCUGGCAGAUCUCAGCCACACAGACCAGAUCCUAGUUUUGGGACACCCUUGUCCCCUACAGCUGAGUCCCCAGCAGGCUGUACAGGAUUCACAGGAGGUAGAUGCUUUAAGUUCUGUCUUUUCCCCUCGCAGUGCUGUAGUCCAGGUCAUAGUAGGAGGCCUUUUCAGGGAGCAGGCAGCUCUUGAGCUGCCUGUGUCUUCUCAGGACCAAUGGGAGCUGUACUGGCUCACGCAGCCAGUUCACAAACAGGGCCAUGCUAGUGGCAGGCUA